AUGAUUCUCGUGGUGCUCUACGUCGAUGAUCUCAUCCUGGCCAGCAGCAACAACGAACUCCUCAAGUCAACCAAGAUGGCGCUGAGCAAACGCUUCGAAAUGACGGAUCUCGGUGAGCUCGAUUACUUUCUCGGCAUGGAGAUCAAGAACGACCGUAAGACGGGAAUGGUGACUGUACAACAAACCAAGUUUCUCAAGUCCGUGUUAACCAAGUUCGGAAUGGAUAACAGCAAGCCAGUGAAGACGCCUCAAGAUCCCGGCCUGAAGCUAACCAAGAACAUGUGUGAACAAGAAUGCAAGCACGAAGACACCAUGUGCAACGUGCCAUAUCGAAGUGCUGUCGGAGGCAUCAUGUAUCUCAUGGUCGCCACACGUCCGGAUCUAGCUGCUGCAGUGGGAUCAUUAUCCCAGUUCUCGUCCGACCCAUGCCCGACUCACUGGCAAGCUUUGAAGCGUGUGCUGAGAUACCUGCAAGCAACGCCCAAUCAUGGUCUUGAGUUUACACGUGAAGAAGGAAGCCGUAUCUGCGGGUACGCCGACGCAGACUGGGCCGGCGACAUUGAGUCAAGACGAAGUACAAGCGGCUAUGUGUUCAUGAUGAGCGGAGGAUGCAUCAGCUGGAAAAGCCAGAAACAACGGACGGUCGCGCUAUCUUCAACAGAAGCAGAAUACAUGGCGCUUUCCGAAGCAACCAAAGAAGCAGUAUGGCUCAAAGUGCUUUUGGGGGAACUUGGUGAGAUGACAAGCGACGAAGCGAUCAAGAUGUAUGAAGACAACCAAGGAUCAAUCGCUCUCGCCAAGAACCCGGAGUUCCAUAAGAGAACAAAACACAUCGACAUACGCUACCAUUUUGUGCGUGAGAAGGUGGAAUCAGGUGAAGUCGUUUUGGAGUAUUGCCCGACUCAAGAUAUGCUGGCAGACAUGAUGACCAAGCCGAUCGCCGCUGUACAAUUUGAAAACAUUCGCGAUCGACUUGGGAUCCAAGGUGCCGCAGCUAACGAGUCGAGAGGGGAGUGUUGA